AAGAAGUCGCAGUUCAGGGACUGGGGAGGAAACGGGCAGAGAGACAGAAAGAGGAAAAAAAACAAGAAGUCUCCCGAUGAACAAUCCUUAAGAUAACAAWUUUUAUAGUUUAUUUCUUCCGCGAAGAAGUCUCAAGUUUUUAUGUUUUUUUUUUUCUUUCGAAAAGUAACGAAUCUACCUCGAUUUUAAGGAUUUUAGUCGAAGUCUGUUCCAUCUCCUCCUCCUGCCGCAGGACUUUUGUUUUUGUACUUUUGCACWCGUGGAUCCCUGACGCUGAGCGACGUCCCAGCAUGCCUCUGCUGACCGUCAGAUGAUCUGUGACCACAUCUUACUGAUGCACUUUAGCACCUUCCUGGAGCCUUCCACCCGCAGCUGAUGACCAAAACGACCCGCCGUCGCUCCGAGCCGCGCGCCGCCCUCAGCCUCGCACGCCGCCAGGACGUCCCGGGAUGUUCAAGAGGUUCGCCAGCGCUCUGUUCGGGGACGACGCAGGAGAGCUGAGCCGAGGCCGUGGGUCUGGAGACGGCAAGGAGGAAGUGGAGGAGGACGAAGACUGGAUCCUGAUCAACUACCUGGCUGACGCUUGCUCCGCUCAGUGUGGUGACAGCCUCUCUGGUUCCUCCCUCAACAUUGACGAUGAAAAGGAGGAGGAGGAGGAGGGUUUGGUGAUGAUCCCCUCUCCCAUAGCCAGCCCUGCUAUCCGCUACCCCUCCUGCACUUCCCUCAACUCCACGGCCGACACCGACCCAGACGGCGGCGCAGAGGAGGACGAAGACGAGGAGGAGGAGGAGGAGGACGAGGGUGGCUUCCUGCGUCUCAAGGCCUGUUCGUUGGAAGAGAGCUGGUUCAUCACCCCRCCACCCUGCUUCACUGGCCACAGCAAGAAGCCGGUCCUCCUGAAAACCAACCCCCUGGAGAACCUGCUGAUCGAACACCCCAGCAUGUCCGUCUACGCCCAUCACAUCCCCCCGCGACUGGCCCUCGACCCCCUCCCGCGACAUUCUCUCGAACCCGACCUGGACUUUUUGUCUGCCAACGCGACGGCCUCAGGAGGAAAGGAGAAGACCAGACUCACGUUGGAAGGAGCUCGACACAGGCCAGAUGUGGCAAUGGUCCAGCACCGCUCCAGCCUCCACUCCACCUGCUACACGGCGGCUCUCUCUGCCCACACCAGCCUCCUGCAGCAGCGACCAGGUCACCCCAGCCAACGCGCCCAGUCCCUGUCCCGUAAGGCCCUGCGCCGCCUCAACCUGCUGCGACCCCCGAAGCCCGGCACCGUGCACCUGCACCAACCCACCCAGAGGCACCUCAACUUCUGAUAGGUCCGGAUUUUUUCUUUCAUCAUCGUCAUCAUCAUCAACCUCAGUACAGCUUGGGAAUCUGACACUGGCCUUUCACAAACACUCACCUUUUGUGCUCGUUUUAUCAAGAAACAAACACCAGCAACCAGCUCAUCUGCCGCAAACCACCCGCCGGAUCUGUCCGGGAAACUCAUCGGACAGUGAAACAGGAAGUGCGGCGUCUUUUUCUGUGUCAGAUUUCGAGGCCAGUGAACUUUUUUUUAUCCUGCUCUUCAAUCCUUUCUUUUUAAAAGUCGCUACGAAGAAGGGAUGCAAACAAAAUCUCAUGUUCUCCCACUCCGUUUGUUUUUGUCCACCAAUUUGUUUUCUCCCCACUUUCCUGACUACUUUGUGUCCGAUCACAAGGAGGACGAGGCGUCGUUUGAUCUCUCCUCUCUCCCCUUUUCUUUUUCUUAUUUUGUUCGUUACAAACAGUUUAGAAUCAACGCUGUAGGUCACUUUAUUCAGAGGCAGGUUCGUGGUGCGGCAGGAAGGUCAAAUGGUGUUUCAGUGACACGUGGCUCCAGAGUUGGUCGUCUAGAAACUGUUUGGGCAAAUAGACAAGGCAGUUGAGGCAUUAUUUUUUGGAAUAUGUGCAGCAAAAAGAAAAAAAAAAACAGUGAAAGCUUUAAGUUUUAGUUAAAUGCUAAUAUUAGCUUGGUGGUAAUGCUGUAGGUGGGAACAACUUCAACGGAAUAACUUCCCUCCAACUAUCUGACACUAAAAUAUCAGCAGUUUGUUCAUCUUGCUUUUUGUCUUCAAUGAGUUCAAGCAUUUCACAAAAAAAACAGGGUACAUCCAGUUAAAAUGUCAAAAGAAUGGCUUUUCACAUAUUUUAAAGUGCAAUACUAAAACACUGCCUCGCUGCCUAAAACCAACCCACAUGUCUAGAUGCUGGAAAAACAAAAACCUGAACAACAAAACAGAGUUUAAACAUAUUUUCAGAUUCACACUCGUGCUGUAGCUGCUCUUUCAUUUUAAACUACUGUAUUUAUUCAAGUAUAAUACGUAAAAUUAAA